GAAAAGCAGAACUAAUCGAGAAACAUGGAAUCAUGUAAAUACAUAAAAAAAAAACAUAAAAUAAUCAUGAGUCACAUUUUGAGAACUUUAAAUCUCAGUCCAGGCGUUUCCAGUUACUAAUGUUCCUAUUUACUGGUUUGGUUGACAGAAUGUAAACAACUCACAGAAAGUCCAUCUGCAAGUUAAUAUUAUCUUUAAGAUAAGACGCGUUUUAUGGUCUGAACUGGAGCUGUGCGGCUGAGGAGUUCCUGCAUGGCGGCCAGAACAGAAACACACUGACUUGAUUCUUCAUCUGGAGCAGCUAUGAAGGUUUAUUUUAGAGUAGGAGUGAUUGGAGCUUUUUUAUUCUUGGUGUAUCUAAUUAUCUUCAUGACUGGGAGGUGGAGAGAAGAAAAACCGCUUCAGAAACGCGUCACAAACCAGGAAGCCAUGAGCCGAAAACUGGACAGGAUUCAAGAGAGCCUAAACAAGCUGGCAAAUCUACUAGAGAAACCUGAGAAGAAAAGCUCACCAGAAGAACUUUCUCCAAAUGAAAACCAAAACGAACCCAAAAAGGCGCCGCCGAAGCUGUACCCAAACUCUGAGCUGUUUGUGAAGUGGGGCGACGGCCUGACAGAGGAGGAGCAGAAGGAGGCCGAAGCUCUUUUUAAGAUUUACGGCUACAACGCCUUCCUCAGCAACCAGAUCGCCCUCGACAGGGAACUUCCUGACAUGAGGGAUCCCAGAUGUCUGAAGAAGAAAUACCCCAGAGUCCUGCCCAGCGUCAGCGUGGUGCUGAUCUACGUUAACGAGGCGCUCUCUGUGAUCAAGAGGGCGGUGCGAAGCGUCAUCACCAACACGCCUGAACGCCUGCUGAGGGAAAUCAUCCUGGUGGACGACCACAGCACCUACAACGAUCUUGGGAAACCGGUGGAAGAUUACAUAGAUGAGAUUCACAAAGAAAGGCCUGGCCUCAUUAAAAGAGUCUGGCACACAAGUCCGAUGGGUUUGUCCCAGGCCCGGAUCACUGGCUGGGAGCAUGCCGCUGGAGACGUGGUGGCCAUUUUAGAUGCUCACAUUGAAGCCACAAGAGGAUGGGCAGAACCUCUGCUGGCCCAGAUCAAAGCUGACAGAACCGUUGUUGCGUCUCCUGUGUUUGAAAAACUCCACUUUGAUGAUCUGCAUGUGGAAAGACACAUGUCGUUUGCUCAGGGCUUUGACUGGGCCCUGUGGUGUAUGUACGAGUUCUUCAAACCAAACUGGAGCGAUGUGGAUGAAUCACAGCCUCAGAAGAGUCCGUCUGUUAUGGGAAUCUUUGCAGCAGACCGAGGUUUUCUCGGAGAAAUUGGAGGACUUGAUGGAGGCAUGACAGUUUAUGGAGGGGAAAACGUGGAGCUGGGGAUCCGCGCGUGGCUGUGUGGAGGGAGCGUGGAGGUCGUGCCUUGCUCCAGGGUCGCUCACAUCGAGAGAGCACACAAACCGUACGCACCGGACCUGAACCCGUCCAUGAGGAGGAACGCGCUGAGGCUCGCAGACAUUUGGUUGGACGAAUACAAGAAAAACGUUUUUAUUGCCUGGAACGUCCCUCUGAAGGACCACAGUAUCGACAUCGGUGACGUUUCCAAGAGGAAAAAACUGAGAGAGAAGCUGAAAUGUAAACCUUUCAGUUGGUACCUGGAGAACGUUUACCCGAGUCUGGAGCGAUGGGAUGACAUCCUGGGCUACGGUGUGCUGCAGAACAGCCUUGUAAAGCAGCAGUGUGUGGACCAGGGAGACGUUCCUGGGAGCAUCCCGGUCUUAUACCAGUGCCACUUUGAGGAACAGCAGAAAUGUUUCUACAACACAGAGGGUGAAAUCAUCAUCGGCGGCCUGAGAUCCCAUAAGUACAGCCGGAACCGCUGCCUGGUGGAUCCGGGCUCUGGAAGCAUUCCCACUCUGCAUGAAUGCAACACAGCAAGGCUGAACCAGUUACACAUGAACUGGGACUUCAGGCAGGGUCGAGAAAUAAGGAACAAAGCUACGCGGCGCUGUCUGGAGGUCGCUCCGGGAGGAUACCUGGACUACCAGCUGGUCAUCCAGCGCUGCAGCAGCCAGAACUGGACCAUCCAGAACCUCGUCGCCACCGCCUAGCGCCACUCAGCCACCGCUGGGGCUCCUUCAUAAAAAACGUUUAUGAUGCAGCAGGAAACGGACAGACGGUUCAGGACGUCACCUGCUCUAGAUUUACUGCAUCGUUUACCUUCACCUGUAGCCAGAACCGAAAUUAAGAGGCGAGUUGGACAUCUGAUCAGGAUUUCUACCGGGGACACCAGAAUGUCCCGGGGGACGGUGUGUCCUCUGGAUGGAUGGAUGGAUGGAUGGAUGGAUGGAUGGAUGGAUGGAUGGAUGGAUGGAUGGAUGGAUGGAUGGAUGGUGUCUCUGGUGCUAUAGUUUUAUAUUUGUGGUUGUAACUGUGAAAUUAAAGUUGUAGAGAAAAAUCCAGAGGAGUUUUGUAACUGCAGAUUUUUUUCAGUCUUUUCCAAAUUCAAAACAGCUGUUCCAAUUCUUCCUCUUCAAAUUCAUCAGUAAGACACAAAUUGUAUUCUUUGAGUCACAUUCAGUUUUUUCUGAAAUGGUGCCAAACAAACCCUCACAUGUCAGAAAAAAUAACUUGUAAAUAUUUGUUGCUGUUUGCUCUUCCUGUGGUCAGAUGCUGAUCAUGACCUGAACAAAUCCUUUUGUCUUAAGCAGCAAACUGCGGAAUGAAUGUGAGAGUGAAUAAACUCCAUCCAUCCAUCCAUCUUUCCACCCUUGACCCUUGACCCUGGUGGGUCAGGAGGAGCUGCUGCCUCUCAAGGUGAGAGGCAGGGUCACCUGGACAGGUGGCCAGUCUGUCGCAGGGCAACACACAGACAGACAGACAGACACACAACCACACACACAUUUAGACUCACCUAAAAACAUUUACUCUUUAUUGAACAUUAAUAUUGUGAAGACCAAUGAAGAAGAUGGAAAAUGUUGAUUUGCUGUUUAGCUGUUUGUCACGUGGAGUCAGUGAUGGAUUGUGGGUAAGAUAUUUUUCAUGUUGCUUGCUUGUUUUACAACGAGGCGUUACGCUGCAAUAC